AGUUUAUAUCAGUGUAAUGGGUAAUGGGAGCAUGAUACAUGGCCAGACUAAAAAUAUUACAUGAACCGCAAUUUUACAGAUAAUAACAAAAGACAGUGUUAUGUAAAUGAUGACACUACCCUUAAAGAUGUGUCAUUAUAUGCUAAAGUUGCAUGCCUUUUUUUUAAUCAUUUACGUUCAUAAAAAACCAAAAUGUAGUCGGCGGUGCUUGCGAAACUUAAAUGAAGAACUUCAAUUUACAAGAAAAAGAACUUCACUGCAUUGCAUUUUAAUACGUAUCACUUGCUGGUAAGCAUAUCCAAUUUAACUUGUUCAAUUUGUUUCCUAAAUUGUAAUGAAGGCAGUGCAACUUUAGUGUGUCAUGAGCUCUAUAUAUCUUCUGCUUCCUCUUGAAACAUUAUUCUAAAAUGUGAUGCUACAAAAAGAAAAACAAAAAAGCCAACUAUAAUAACCACUUGUGAAUCCCUAGAAGCUUCUACCGUUCUACUCAAAUUUUGAAAAUAACCUAUAUGAGUCGUCUUGUACCCCCACUUACUAAUAAUAUAACCUCAUGCCCUGUUCUUCAACACAAGUCUAUAGUUGGAAAGCGUAGUCUUUUGUCUGGAAGCCAAGAGAAUGGCGAAUAGUCUUUGUCACAUUCAGACCAAGGCCUAAAAGCGCAGAGAGCGAGAGAGAUUCUAUAGAUUCAUGUGAAGUGGAGCAGAACAUUAGACAAUGAUGAUCCAAUCAAUAAGACACAUGUCGCCCUCUCAUGGGGAGUCUUUUGCCCCCUUAUAAACCCCAGAGGCAUACAUAGCACCCUGACCCUGUGAUAGCCUUCACCUCUCAGCACUAAACUCCUUCCCUUCAAUUUACUCCCCUCUACCAGCUAUACUACUUUCUUUCCCUCCUCUCCUUUUCUCUCGUUCAAUUCAAAUCUUCCAAGUCCCUUAACUAUUGUUCCUCUUAUUCUCUGAAGCUCAUGGCGAUAUUUCGUGUGUCAUUUUCCAUUUUGACAGCGAUCACAUUCCUGCUAUUAAGUCUUCAGAGCUCAAGUGGAAGGAAACAUUUCCACAAGCACAAGAAAAGUCAUGAAGAGAGUGGAAACUACAUCUCUCAGCCCCCUCAGCUCUCCCCUGCUGAUCCUCCAACAGCUAGUGAUAACUUCUAUAAUUCUAGUUCGGAGCCUUGUGUUUUUGAUGUGAGGUCUUUCGGGGCUGCUGGCGAUGGAUCCACCGAUGACACCCAAGCCUUUCGAGCAGCUUGGAAGGCUGCGUGUGCCGCUGAAUCCGGCAUACUUCUUGUGCCAUCAGAUGGCGACUUCAUGAUCACUUCCACAAUCUUUUCAGGGCCAUGCAAGCCCGGGUUUGUGUUUCAGGUGGAUGGAGUACUGAUGCCCCCUGAUGGUCCUGACUGCUGGCCGGCAUCUGAUAGCAAGCACCAGUGGCUUGUGUUCUAUAAACUCGAUGGGUUGACUCUGAGGGGAGAAGGAACCAUCGAAGGCAAUGGCGAGGAUUGGUGGAACCUCCCAUGUAAACCUCACAGAGGGCCACAUGGUACUACAUUGCCUGGACCUUGCGAUAGCCCGGCGUUGAUUAGGUUCUUCAUGAGCAGUAAUCUUACUGUGAAGGACCUACGGAUCGAGAACAGCCCUCAAUUCCAUAUCAAAUUUGAUGGCUGCGAAGGAGUGCACAUAGAAGGCAUCAAAAUAAAUUCCCCAGCCCUUAGUCCUAACACUGAUGGUAUCCACAUCGAGAACACAAAGUCUGUCAGCAUCUACAAUUCCAUGAUAGGCAAUGGUGAUGACUGCAUUUCCAUCGGUACUGGUUGUUCUAAUGUCGACAUAGAAAAUGUUACCUGUGGGCCUAGCCAUGGCAUAAGUAUCGGGAGCCUCGGCGUGCACAACUCGCAGGCUUGCGUUUCGAACAUAAGCGUCAAGAAUGCAGUGAUUAGGAACUCUGAUAAUGGGGUCAGGAUCAAGACAUGGCAGGGUGGGAUGGGCUCAGUAACAAGCAUUAGCUUUGAGAACGUCAUCAUGGAGAAUGUAAGGAACUGCAUCAUCAUAGACCAGUAUUACUGCCUAACCAAGCAGUGCAUGAAUCAAACAUCGGCGGUCUACGUAACGGACGUCUCGUACAUGAACAUAAAGGGGACGUAUGAUGUUAGGAGCCCGCCGAUACACUUUGCAUGCAGCGACACCGUGCCGUGUACCAACAUCACCAUGUCUGAGGUGGAGCUGCUCCCAUUUGAUGGAGAGUUGGUGGAUGACCCCUUUUGUUGGAAUGCCUAUGGGAGCAUGGAGACACUAACAAUUCCACCCAUCUCUUGCUUGCAGGAAGGGGAGCCUCAGUCCGUCAAAGAGAACCUUAGAUUAGUUUGCUGAACUUAUUAGUGCUUCAGCUAUAGCAAUUUAGAGACACAAUAAACAUGGACAGAGCUCAAGACCCAUAUGGUCAGCCCUUUAUUUUUUUCAUAUGUGUGACUGUUGUGGGGAUUUAGUCAUGCUUGGGCGCCCUCAUGGAGUUCGUUUUCAUGUAUUGAUUGGAAUAUAUUAUGUAUGGGCUUACUGCAAAGUGUUAUGAGUUCAGGUAGUUUAAGCAGCAAAUAUUUGUGUGCCUGUA